AUUUUUCUGCGUCGCGCCGCUGCUCGAGGAGGGAGAGAAAUAGUGAAUGUCGGAAAAAAGUGAUCGACAGUAAUAGCACCGACGUAAACAUCUACUGACCCGAAGGAGGAUUAAAGCGAAGCGGAGUGUCGAACGAGCGUCGUCGAUUUAAUAAUACUACCGAAAUAAAGUUAGACACUUAAUAAUAAAACGAUUACUAGAGCAGCGACGGAGGCGGGUUGACGAGUUGUAAGCUAAUGAGACGAAAGGCAAUUAAUAAAACGUUAAUAAAAACUAGGGCGGAGACUCGGAGACCGAUCGACCGGGAAAUGUGAUCGAAAGGGCUGCAGUAAAGGGAAGAGAGUGCGAAGGGACAAAGAGAUCGAUUGGGUGUCGCAUUAAUGUGACGUUUGAGAUGCCGAGGAGGUGUGAGAACGCGUCCUACACGCCGGUUAAGGAUUCCGUUUUCGAACUACGCACGCGGAUGGCCCGGAUGCUGUCCAUCGUCGAGAUUACCGAGCAGAGGAAUAAUCCGAUGGCGCGUCAGGAUGGCAGAGAUGCCGCGGAUCAAAACUUCGAUUACAUGUUCAAGUUGCUGAUAAUCGGCAACUCGUCCGUCGGAAAAACUUCCUUUCUCUUUCGCUACGCGGACGAUUCCUUCACCUCGGCUUUCGUGUCUACCGUAGGGAUCGACUUUAAAGUGAAGACCGUCUUCAGACACGACAAAAGGGUCAAGUUACAAAUCUGGGACACGGCGGGUCAAGAAAGAUAUAGGACGAUUACGACGGCCUACUACAGAGGCGCGAUGGGUUUCAUCUUAAUGUACGACAUAACAAACGAAGAGUCCUUUAAUUCAGUCCAGGAUUGGAUCACGCAGAUAAAGAACUACUCGUGGGACAACGCCCAAGUAAUUCUCGUGGGCAACAAAUGCGAUAUGGAAGAGGAGAGGGUGAUCAGUACCGAAAGGGGUAAACAGCUGGCGGAGCAAUUAGGAGUACGAUUCUUCGAAACAUCGGCCAAAGAAAACAUCAAUGUCAAGGCGGUGUUCGAGCAGCUGGUGGACAUAAUAUGCGACAAGAUGAGCGAAUCCCUGGACAAUGAUCCUACCCUGAUGGGGGCGGGCGGUAUGGGCCAGAAUAAGGGCCAACGACUCACCGAUCAGCCGACCAAUCCAGCGAACGCUAACUGUAAUUGCUAAAAAAAAUGCGACGACACGCAGAAGGGGGGAAAAAAAAACGAGAGGUCGUUUUUUUUUGUGCGUGUGUCCGCGCGCAUGUGUGCACGUGUGUGUUGCGUGUGUUAGAAAAAAAAA